AUGUGCCUAUCUGCGCAGCCCUCUUCGCUUUCCAUCCCUCUCACCAGCUACCUGGUCAGCUUGAACUUGAUCUCCCUAGAUUCUCCCUCGCAGCGCGUUCCUCCUGACAUCCUCGACGUGUCCCCAUAUCCUGCCCCGACCACUUCCGCCUUGGCCUUCGAUCCCGCCGCCGGCGAGGUGAUCUGGCUUGUAGGGGUCCCAGGUCCGUCCUGA